CAUAUCAGCUUCCUAAGUAGUCGAGAAAACGAUGUCAUGUGAAAACAAACCUUUUUCUGGUUGACAGUCGUAUCUUUGCCAUAUAUAAACUGUAAAAUCUGGAACAAUGACCGACCGGAAGUCCACUAUACUUUCAUUAUUUUAUUUUAAAACAUAAUGUGAUUUUCAUCUUAUCGAAAACAGCGAAAAUACAAAGGCUGACAAUGGAUAAUCUCAAAGAAUUACUCGCGCGAAAAACGUUAAACAAAUUAAGCUAUGUCGCUGUUAUUGGUUGGAUCCUGAUCGGUUUAAUCUUCCUUGGCAUUUUCUUAGAGACAGAAAGCAACGAAUCCAGGUUUGAUUUCCGCUGUGGCGGGGCGAAGAAAGAAGAAAUCGACCUUGUUCGCGGACAGUGUUUCGAGCUGUACGAGAAGCAAUACAAUAAACACCGUCUUCCUAUCUAUGGCUUCGUAAGCCUUAACUUCGUUCUCGUUGGAUUUGUUUCCGCUGUUUACUCCCAAAUAGUAAGCCCUACAGUUGAUCAACUGUUGCCAAGCGCUCGCAACGGUGAUCUCGAAGGACAGUCGCUCCACCAAGAAAAUGCAUUAAAUACAUUAUCAGCGGGAAAAAAGCUGUUUAUCGCUUACUGCUGUCAACUUUUGACGAGGCUUGUGUUAGGAGUGCUCUUCAUGGUUCUACAAACUCAAUUUCUUUAUCCUCUGGGCUUUCCCUCCCGCUUUUCUUGUUCUCCAACCUCUGGAGGGAAUCAGCCAAGGAGUUUUAUUGGCGUCAUGCAAAACUCCACAUCAAUUUUACACCAUUGUCAUAAUCAGCGAGCGGCUAAGAAAAACUCCUGGAUGUGCGCUCUCCUCGUCGUGAACGGAAUUUUUGUCUUUUGCAUUCUGAUGGAAAUCAUCUCUAUUUUGCUACGAGCUUUGAAAGACGAUAGAUUCAUGAAAAACUCCAAUUUUCUAACAGCUCACUUGAACUCCUCCCAUGGCAACUCGCAAAAUGCUUCCACCUCGAUCGGGUUGAAACCAGAACCUCAGCAGCAAGAAGAAGAAACAGAACAUGAAACAAACAUUCUCCAUCGGCCAAGCGAGUACGAACAACUCCUAAAAGUACCACUUCAGGAGUUCAUCGAGAAUACAAAGACAAAAAUUUUAAAAGAUACACGUCGACCACCACAACUCCGGUCGCCUUUUUCAAGUACUCCCGGCGAAGGACACCCAGCUAAACAUUUGACUCUAGAUCAGAUUUACACAAACCUGGUAGUUGUUCCGGAAAGAGCUAAAUAUAACUUCACUGGAGACAGACGGGAGAAAUUGGAAGUUUAUGCGAGAUCGGGUAAGAAAAACACAGCACCUAGUGGGCCAGAGGACAUCCUUAACCACGAAAACAAAAAAGUUUUGAUUGUUGGUCGCCCUGGAAUCGGAAAGACACUUUGCUGUACCAAAAUUCUGAGAGACUGGGCGUUUAAAAAAGUAUUCCAUAAAUCGUCUGAUACGAAAAUCCAUUUUGAUGCUGCUUUCUUUAUCAAAUUCAGAGCUUUCAACGCGGCAAACGACCUUAGCCUCAGAGAACUCCUCACAUUGUCAGAACAUUCUCCCUCAGAUCACCUGAAUGACGCGGUUUGGAAUUACAUCCUUGAGAACCCCAAAAAAUUUCUCCUUAUUUUCGAUGGAAUCGAUGAAUUCAAACAUAACUCAAAGAUCGGCGAUGAAAACUACGAUCCUCAAUUCAGAGACCUCGUGGACGAAAAGAUGCCCGUUUACGCACUAUACGAGAAACUUGCGACUGGGAAACUUCUCGACGGAGCUGCCGUUUUGACGACUACAAGACCUACCGCUAUGCCAUGCAUCGAAAAGAUUCCUUUUGACAAAGUCUACGAGAUCCUCGGCUUCUCAUCCACACAAGUCAAAGAUUAUGUAACCAAAUUUGGUGAAGAAGACAAGGAUGUGGGAAAAACACUAUGGCGACACAUCGGCGGUAACAUGAACAUCCUCUCUCUAUGCUACAUUCCUGCGAGUUGCUUCAUCAUUUGCUCAACUCUCUUUCAUAUGCUGAGCUUUAAAGGU